AUGGGCCGCGGUGCGCGCGCGCAACGGAACACGACCACUCACAGGCCCUAUCCGCGCGCCCGCUUAGACUACAACAUGCCAGUGACUGUGCGGAUAGGCGGAGCGGUGAGGGGGGGAAGGUUGGAGGAGGCGCGCGCCGCCGCAGCGCGGAGAUAUGGCAACGCGUCAGGUGGAAAUGGCGCCGAGCUGCUCUCCGCCGAGGACAACCGACCGCCCCCACCCGUCCUCUCGAACCCCCUCCCCACUCCACCAACGAACCCACCGCUAAUCCUCACCCGAAUACAAUCUGAUAAAAUUCGCGCCAGCUAUAAACGUUACGCAAAGCGACUCCACACUACAACGCAACGA